AUGGACAAUAAGGUUUUAGAGUGUUCCACUCAAACAAGAAAAGCAGUUUGUAAUUUGGCUUUUGAAAAUGCAUUAAAAUAUAAUCACCUGGCCAAGAAAACAAGCCUGUCUACUCAACCUUGUGUCUGGUCUUCUGAAACAAUAAAGGUCGUAUCUUCGUGUCCAACUACCGUAGAGGAGACAGACAGAGCAGCAAGAAUAAAAAAAUGCUAUGGAAUAGGACUGAGGCAAAACUGUACAAGUCCAGAACAAUUUAAAUAUCAUUGUGUCUAUAGUCUCAAGACGAAUUCACUUGUAGAAGUAUGUGCAACCGAAAUUUUUAUUGAAGGGCUGUGUUUGGUAUAUAAUGCUGCAUUAUUUAAGCUUGACCUUAUAGAAAGAGUAAAAUGCACCGACUUUCCAACACCGUGUCCUGCAAGAUAUGUUUCUACAAAAGCUCAUCUUGAUGCACCAUGUUAUAAAUUCAUAAAUCUGACAUCAAGUCUCACUUUACCGAAAGAAAAAACAGAUGAAAAAAAGACAACAGACGAGUUGCUUUGGAAUCUAAUACCCACAAUGUUUGCAGUAAUGUUUGUCGUUAUUAUCAUCUUAGUGAUAGUUUGGAUUGUGAGAAAAAGAAAACAAAGACAGGGAAAACGGAAAAACCACGGACUUUUGCGAAAAGGUAAAGAAACAGACAUAAAAGCCUAUAAGGAUAUGGAAGAAAUGGAAUUUUUAGGUUCGGAGACGGAGCAUAACGUUAAAAUGGCUGCUUUCAAAAGUGAAACAGAAGAUAGAAAAGGUAAAGAAACAGACAUAAAAGCCUAUAAGGAUAUGGAAGAAAUGGAAUUUUUAGGUUCGGAGACGGAGCAUAACGUUAAAAUGGCUGCUUUCAAAAGUGAAACAGAAGAUAGAAAAGGUAAAGAAACAGACAUAAAAGCCUACAAGGAUAUGGAAGAAAUGGAAUUUUUAGGUUCGGAGACGGAGCUUAACGUUAAAAUGGCUGCUUUCAAAAGUGAAACAGAAGAUAAAUGGGUAGGCAAUUACAACAAGUGGAAGACGAAGAUAUCAAAUCGAUUUUCCACAUUGACUGAUGACGAAGUGUGGGUGUUAUUCUGUUUUCUGUGUUCUGACUCCGGUCCUCCUGACUUCACUGACACAGAGUGGCUAGACAUGCUUAAUGAGAUACGACAGAUAGUGUACCGUCAAGAGAAUCCUGUAACAAGUGAGGAAGCACAACAGACUCUGGACAGACUGAAAUCACGUGAUUACCUUUGGGAAAAUCAGGACAAGAUAACGGAGGACACAAAGAGUGAAACGAUGUAUAGGAUAGCAUCAAAACACCUUGAUGUAAUAUUCUUUUACAGUAGUUAUGAUACAGCAAGUGUGAAUCUGAGAUUACACAGAUACAACAUAAAACCAGGAGAGAAGUGUGUCCGUAGUGUUGGUUGUGAUCGUGUACUUAUACGCCGUCUACAGAUGAACAUACUGACUCACGUCACCAUGGAGGACAGGGAGAUAUAUGAUAAGAUAUCCCGGAUAUUGAAUAUCCCAGAAAAUAAAAUUAAGAGCAGUAAAGAUGAACUAGAUGAAUUUCUAACGGAUCUCAAAAGUGGAGGAAACACACAUGACACUGUAGAUCACGUGACGUGGCUCUGGAGAUACAGGAGACAGGCGAGACCUGACAUCGUGAGAUCGUGCAUAGGUCUACAUCCACACUGGGACAUUUACAUCAUCGACAACAAACCUUACAGAAAACCAAGUGAAUAUCUUACAAAUCCACCGGGUGCAAGGUGUCUACUGUAUUCUUUAUUGCUAGCUGAGAAAUAUCAGCUGAAUCUCAAUGAACAAUCCAACAGCAGCACAAGGGUCAAAAUUAAAGACAGAUAUUUCUCUAAUAUUACCAAUGACGGCUCCUUUGAUCUUCCUGGAGGAAUCAAAGAAGAAAAAGGUUUGAUAACCUUUAUAUCAGACGACAUCCGACAUGACGUCAUGUACGCCUUUGUUACGGAAUGUCUGAGGGAGGACAGUGAUCUGGAGUUUUUCCUCACCACGGCGUCACGUGACGUGAUAUCAGAAUACUGCAGAUCCUGGGAUUAUAAAAGAAGUGAGGGAGAAAGAUGUCUGUAUGUACCAGAACGACCGGAGAAGAUGCACGACCUCUUGAUAGACAAACUACAGCUGGACAUCAUCACACACUGUACGGUAUCUGAUGAGAGGAUUCAUGGUAGGAUCAGUAUACUUUUGGGAGUCCCCAGAGAGGUACUACAAUGGGACCAGGAGGCCAGAGAGCGGUAUGUGGAGUACGCUAAGAGAGGAACACAGACAGUCCACCACGCCCGGGGGAUGAUUGUAGGAUGUGCUGGGGCAGGGAAAACCACACUUCUUAAACGUUUGCUCGGUUGUAAUGAAAAAGACAUUAAGGAAGUGAAAUCUACUGAAGGAUUACAGGUGCAUGAAGAAGUAUUUGAAUUACGCAAUGAAACAAAAUCUUUAAAAGGUAAGAUGCGAAGGGUAAUGAUGAUAAAAAAUUAA